GAAUUCGCUCACUCAGUUUUUCCCUUGAAGAGGAAAUACCCAUGAAACGAGAAGACAUAAGUCAAGUCCUAAGACAUACCAUUAUGUCUAGCUCCAAGUUUUCUUCAAAAUAGGAAAAGGAAAAUGAAUGGUAGCCUUUAUCCUGCCAGCUCUUUGUUACCCAGUGGGGGGAAAUGAGUGGAAGAAUAAAGCCCAGAAGGGCUGCCCAGUUUUCCCAAAGCUGCUCUGAGGAAGCCAGCAGUAGCGCAAGCAUUCACAUGGUGCUGCCAGACCAGGAGAACCCGGAUGGAAGUGGGUUAACUCAGUCAUGGAAGAUUAUCCUCUGUACAGUGUUUACAUUGACUUUUCUUCUUAUAGGACUUCGAAAUCAUCAAUGGCUUAACAAAACAGAGCAUCCACAGAAAUCCAGACAAUUACAUACUGUGAUUGCAGAAUAUGGCUCAAGACUUUAUAAUUACCAGGCCAGGCUUCGAAUGCCUAAAGAGCAGCUGGAACUUUUAAAGAAGGAAAGCCAAACCCUGGAAAACAAUUUCCGUGAAAUCCUAUUUUUGAUUGAACAAAUCGAUGUUCUGAAGGCACUGCUUCGAGACAUGAAGGAGGGUAUGUACAAUUCCACCUGGGAUGCCCAUGGAGACGCUGCUGAGCACCAGGACAGCGUGGAGGUUCUCGAUGAGGAAAUGUCGAACUUGGUAAAUUACGUACUCAAGAAGGUGAGAGAGGACCAAGUCCAGAUGGCUGAUUAUGCCCUUAAGUCGGCUGGAGCCUCUAUCAUUGAAGCUGGGACCUCAGAAAGUUACAAAAAUAAUAAGGCAAAAUUGUACUGGCAUGGGAUAGGUUUCCUAAAUUAUGAAAUGCCUCCAGAUAUUAUUCUUCAGCCAGAUGUCCACCCUGGAAAGUGCUGGGCAUUUCCGGGUUCUCAGGGUCAUACUCUAAUAAAGCUGGCCAGGAAGAUCAUACCGACAGCUGUUACCAUAGAGCACAUCUCAGAGAAGGUGUCUCCCUCAGGAAACAUCACCAGUGCACCAAAGGAAUUUUCCGUCUAUGGCAUCACAAAAAAAUGUGAAGGAGAAGAAAUUUUCCUAGGUCAAUUUAUAUACAACAAAACAGGAACCACUGUUCAGACAUUUGGACUCCAGCAUAAAGUUUCUGAAUCUUUAUUAUGUGUGAAACUUAAUAUCCUUAGCAACUGGGGGCACCUGAAGUACACUUGUUUAUAUCGAUUCCGGGUUCACGGCACCCCGGAGGAUCACAUUUAGGUGGUUCAGAGGAUUAUGCUCCUCCAGAAUAU